AUGGUAGAUGUUAAUUCGUAUCUCUCUAUAUCUGGUAUGACCUGUGGCGCAUGUUCAUCCUCCAUAACUGAGCAGUUGAAUAAAAUCGAUGGGGUGAGAAGUGUAAGUGUUUCGUUGAUCACUGAAGAGGCCAAAGUCAUGCAUGAUUCUAGCAUACCCAGUUCUAAAUUGAUAGAAAGUAUAGAAGAUUGUGGAUUCGAUGCAAAGUUGAUCAGAACAGAGACAAACAGCACAGCUUCGUCUUCCUCAUCUUCAUCUGCCGCUUCUUCUUCAACUUCUUGGCCGUCUUCGGCGUCUUCCACUUCUCUGUUGUCUACAUCCAAAUUCAGCAUAAGCGGCAUGACGUGUGGAGCCUGCUCCGCUUCCAUAACAGAAGCAAUUGAGAAACUUUCCGGAGUUGAACUGGUCUCGGUCUCCUUGAUCACAGAGGAAGGGCUAGUCAAGCAUAGCCCAUCCCUCUCAACAGAUGAAAUCACGGAGGCAAUAGAAGGCUGUGGGUUUGAAGCAAAGUUGAUCUCCACUACAUCCCAGUCAUCUAAUGUAUCCACUAAGAUUGCUGUGCAGGGAAUGACAUGUGGAGCAUGCUCUGCCUCCAUAACCGAAGCAUUGGAACAGAAAGCGCACGUACUAAAGGCAUCUGUUUCCUUAGUUACUGAAGAAGCAUUGAUAAUACAUGAGCAAGACUUAACAGCUGAUGAAAUUAUACAGACAAUAGAGGACUGUGGAUUUGAUGCUAAGUUGAUUACUAGCUCUGGGAUCACUUCUAGCUCAUCCCACUCAGAUGUUGUCCGUGACGAAGAAGUUUCGCUACAAAUUUUCGGUGUCACUGACCAUUCAGAUUUGGUUGAGCUUCAGUACAACAUCGAGGCAAGACUUAAUGGAUUCGUUGGAAUCAAAAACUUCAAAAUUAGGUUUAAUGUGUCGAUCAAUAGCGAAAAUGCAGUAUUGUUGACGGAAGCACUUUCCCCUUCAACCUCUAACUCUGCUUCUGCAGCUCAUUUGAUCCCUGAUUAUCAUAAUACUGAAUUCGAUAACAUAAUAGAUGAACUCUUCAUAGUGUACUCGCCAACUUUGAUUGGGAUUAGAGAUAUUGUUGAUGAAUUGAAUUCGAUAGAUGAGCAGUACCUGUUUGUCACCAUAAACUCAGUGGACCAAGCAUCGACUUCACAAUUGAAAUUACUUUCCAGAGUAAAGGAUAUUGAAUUCUGGAGAUCAAAUUUCUUCAAAUCUAUAAUGUUUGGAUUUCCGGUCAUCGUUAUGUCAUACACACAAGGCUGGUCCUUCUGGUCCAACUUGAAAAUAUUGCCUGGUUUGUAUUUGGUAUCAUUAUUGCAAUUUGUUUUAGCUAGCCAUGUUCAAUUUAAUCUUGGUAAGACAUUCAUAAAGAAAUUUAUUCUUUUCGUGAAGAAUGGUUUUAAAAACGCAACCAUGGAUGUAUUGGUUUGCAUAUCAACUUCUAUCUCAUUCUCCUUUUCAGUCUUUUCCAUCAUUUUGUCUGUUUGGUAUGGUCAAAGUGAAAAGCCUCCCAAGUUAUUAUUUGAGACUAGUUGUAUGUUGAUUACGUUCAUUUCCAUGGGUAAAUGGCUUGAAAAUAAAGCCAAGGGUGCCACCUCUUCAGCAUUAUCCAGAUUGUUAUCUUUAACUCCUACAAAUUGUACAAUUAUUGAAGAUCUUGGCAAAUACAACCAAUUAUUGAAGGAAUCAGAUGAUAGAAAUUCCAUCAGUGAUUUACCUACUAGAAGUAUAGGUAUAGAUUUAAUUCAAACUGGCGAUAUAGCUGUUAUUUUGCCAGGUGGUAAAAUACCUGCAGACGGUAAAAUUGUACUUGGCGAAACAGAAAUUGAUGAGUCCUUCCUUACAGGUGAGUCUUUGCCAGUCUUCAAGAGCAUUGGUGAUGAUGUUAUUGGUGGAAGUGUAAAUGGAGCAGGCUUAAUUCACAUAGAAGUAAUUCAUACUGGUAAAAACUCACAAUUACAGCAAAUCAUUAAUUUGGUUAAAGAUUCCCAGAUAAACAAUGCACCAAUCCAAGGUUUUGCUGACUAUGUUGCAUCUAGAUUCGUUCCAUCUGUCUUAAUAUUGGCCACCAUAACCUUUUCCGUUUGGACUAUGCUCUGCUUCUAUUUACAUUCUGAUAAGUUGCCUGGAGUUUUCAGUAAAGAAGAAAAUGGAAAGUUUUUUGUUUGCUUAAAGUUGGCCAUAUCUGUUGUAGUAGUUGCAUGUCCAUGUGCACUUGGUUUAGCAGCACCAACUGCCAUGAUGGUCGGAACAGGUGUUGGAGCAUCUCAUGGAGUGUUGAUAAAGGGUGGUGAUGUUUUAGAGAAAGCAAGUGGUAUUAAUAUCAUAUUGUUUGAUAAAACAGGUACUUUAACUACGGGAGGUAUGACAUUAACGAACUAUAAAAAUGCUUCAGAUUCAAUUAAUGAAGAUGUGUGGUGGAGUUUGAUUGGAUCUGUUGAGAACAAUUCAGAGCAUCCUAUUGGUAAGGCUCUUGUUAGAGAAGCCAAACUGAAAUUGGGUCUUUCAUUUGAGGAUGAUUCGUUUGAAUCAUCAAUUCAAAACUUCAAAGUUAUGUCAGGAUUGGGUUUAAAAAGUUCAGUAACUUUGUCUAACGGUAAAUCUUAUGAUGUAUGCAUUGGAAACGAAAGGAUGAUGAUGCAAGAGUUCAAAGAGAACAAAUUCAGUUUCAGCAAAGAGGACAUUAAGACUCCUCAAUCUACAGAUACUUUUGCCUUCAUCAUUAUAGAUGGCUCGUACGGUGGUUAUGUAUCUUUAUCAGAUAAAAUCAAGCCAAAUGCAAGAGAAGUGAUCGAUUACUUACAGUAUGAUCAAAAUUACAUUGUUGGUAUGGUAACUGGAGAUAACGUAUAUGCAGCCAAGAAGAUUGGAAAGGAGGUAGGAAUUCCUGAAUGUAAUAUUUUCAGUGAAGUUUCCCCAAUUAACAAGGAUAAAGUUAUUUUGGAAUUAAAAGAGAGAUUUGGAGGAGAUGAAAACGUUAGUAUAGCUUUCGUUGGUGACGGAAUUAAUGAUGCGCCUGCCUUAGCUCAAGCCGAUGUGGGGAUGGCUAUAAGCUCAGGCUCUGAUAUUGCGAUUGAAUCUGCUGAUAUUGUGUUGAUUGGGGGUAACUCUAGCAAGCAAAGUGAUCUCCAUGGAGUCUCUGUUGCUUUGAGUAUAUCCAAAGCAACCUUUCAAAGAAUCAAAAUCAACUUUUUAUGGGCUGCAAUUUAUAAUAUGAUCAUGCUACCAUUUGCAAUGGGAUGCUUUUUGAGCUUUAAUUUGAUGUUACCCCCAAUCGCCGCAGCUGGUUCCAUGGCUUUGAGCUCUGUCAGUGUUGUAAUUAGCUCGUUGUAUCUCAAGAAAUGGAAGCCACCUGUUAUUGGGUAUGGACUUACUGCUAAAGAGGAAGAUGUGGGUGCUCCCUUCAGUUUGAAAACUUCCACAUUGGAAGAAUUUAAUAGGAAUAAGAAUCAGCAUAGAUUUUGGCAAGUUCUUAAGAGAAGGCCAUCAGAAGAGCCACAUGGCUAUCAAAUGUUGUAA